AUGGCGCAAGAAACCUCUCAAAUCGCGCCCCGCUACCUGACCGGCGAUAAGGCCGGCCUCCAGGAGUUCCUGGCCAAGUUUGAUGUAUUCCUCUUCGACUGUGAUGGUGUUCUAUGGUCCGGCGACCACCUCUUCCCCGGAACAGUGGAGACACUGGAGCUUCUCCGAAACAAUGGAAAGCAAGUGGUCUUCGUGACGAAUAACAGCACCAAGUCGCGCGCAGACUACCGCAAGAAACUGGAAAGCUUGGGAAUUCCCAGUACAGUGGAAGAGAUCUUCUCCUCAUCAUACAGUUCCUCUAUAUACAUUUCUCGCAUCCUCCAGCUCCCCGAAAACAAGCGCAAAGUCUACGUGAUUGGCGAGACAGGCAUUGAGCAAGAGCUCCGCUCCGAGAACGUCCCAUUCAUUGGCGGCACAGACCCCGCAUACCGCCGCGACGUCACACCAGACGACUACAAGAAGAUUGCGGCGGGCGAUGAAUCCAUCAUAGACCCCGAAGUCGGAGUCGUGCUCGUUGGCCUCGACUUCCACAUGAACUACCUCAAGAUGGCCUUGGCAUACCACUACAUCAGACGCGGAGCGGUCUUCCUCGCUACGAACAUCGACUCCACCCUCCCGAGCUCUGGGUCUCUGUUCCCUGGCGCUGGCUCUAUGAGCGCGCCGUUGAUAAUGAUGUUGAAUAAGGAGCCAAUUGCGCUCGGCAAACCUAGCCAGGCUAUGAUGGAUUCCAUCGAGGGCAAGUUCAAGUUUGAUCGUAGCCGGGCCUGCAUGGUUGGUGAUCGCGCGAAUACGGAUAUUCGCUUUGGACUUGAGGGGAAGCUUGGUGGUACGCUGGGUGUUUUGACUGGUGUCUCUUCUAAGGAGGACUUUGUUUCUGGUGAUGUCAGGCCUCAUGCUUACUUGGAUAAGCUUUCUGAUCUGCUGGGCUCAGAGUAG